UGACAAUGGAAAACUCACAUAACCAAUCACUUGUGUGCUCUUCGACCGAUUGACAACUUUGGUGCGCUGAGCUCCACCAGCCCACCAACAGAGAGCGCACAAUUCACAGAGUGACCAGCUGUUGACUGAAAUGCAUAAUAAGCCGAGUCUAUUGUGAAUGACAAAUGUGUGGUUUCAUAUCAUGUGAGGUAGCUCGUGAAUAUGUACAAUUUGAAAACAAUUAUAAUACAAAUAAUAGUAUUACAUAAUAAUAGAAGCAAUUUAACAAAUUUAUUGAUUAAUAUUAAGAGUAUUCGUAAUCGAACAUUUAUGCUAUUGCAAAUGCAAAGUGAGUAUGUCAGGUAAAGCAAACUGUCAAAAACAGAUGAUAGCGUUUUGUGUGUGUGUUGUAUAAAAACAAAACGCGUGUUCAUCUCAAAUCGCAAUUUAAUUGCCUAAGUACUGGUACAUUUUCAAUUUCUUCUCCUGUAAGUGUAAUAUCUGAAGAACACGCCUCAAAAUGGGUAUGGUACAGAAGCGUAAGAAAAUGCACUCCGGUGAUACGCACUUGCGAAGACGUUGGCGUGUACGCAGCAGACGGCGUGAUCUAGAUCAGAUUGAUGACGAUUUGCGUACGAAAUCCACAGAGCUCAUCAAUCAACAGGUGGAUCUUGAACAAACCGGUUUUGCACAAUUCUACUGUGUACACUGUGCCAAAUAUUUUAUCGACGAUCAUGCAAUGCAAGCACACUUUCGCACCAAAGUGCAUAAGCGGCGCAUGAAAGCUUUGGAAUUGGAACCGUAUACAGUUGAAGAAGCCGAACGUGCUGCUGGGCAAGGUAGUUACAAAGCGCCAAAAAAACGUGUAAUUGUGACACAGCCCACAAAGGAGGAAGUAAAAAAGGGCAAACGCAUACACUUGGCAGAGAAAUUGGAGGAGGAUGAAGCGCCUAAGUCUAAGAAAAAAGUGGAAAAAAUGCAAACAUGAGUUUUGGCAGCAAUUACAUUUCUAAAAAUUCUAAAAUUUACUUUCAAAAGCUAUUAAUAAAAAGAAAACUAGAAUAAGAAUUGUAACUAAA